UCCUUUUUUUUUUUUUUUUACAUGCAACAACACACCCAGGGAUUAGUCUAAGAGCUUUAAUAGGUUUUGUGAAGAGCCUGCUAAAAGAAGCAGGGCCCAUCCACAAUCACAUUACCGUCUCCACUGCCAAGAAAAUCAACAGGAGGACUUAGUUCACAGGUGUUUUUCUAGAAGAAAGUGAAGCCCAGUGCUAAACUGUUCUGGCACAGUAACUACUUCAGAGACAACGUUCCACAGCUUUAAAGGAAAGGAAAGUGAGGAGGGAAAAGCUUCCUCCAGUCAGCGCCAUGGGGGCCUCCCAGUCAAAACGGGGUGAAUACAGAACUCAGAAGAGCAGCCUGAACCCAGAAGGAGACAGCAGAAGCUUUGAGCAUGGCACCUACCAGGCAUCUGAAAGCCACAGGAGCCUCAUUGAGCCUAAGAAACUGCCAAACCCAGUGAGGGAGUCCAAGUACCAUCGGGAGUUGCACCGGGAACUGAUUUUCACUCAAAGGAGGGGGAUCCUUCCAGAACACAAGCCCGAGCUUCAGAGAGUUCUAGAAGCCAGAAGAAUCAAGCAGCUGAAGCAGCAGGAAGAAAUCCAAAAGCCCUUGACAGAUUUGGAAGAAGAGCUGAGAAAACGACAGCAGAAGCUUGACCAGUAUGAAAGGGAGCUGGUCUUGAAGGGCGAGCAAGAUGGCCGGCCUGAGUUCAUCCUCGUCAAAGAGAGCCUGAGGAAGAUAAAGCUGUCUACAGAAACGGACAUCAGGCAGACAUGAGAGCCAGGUGACCGCAAGUGCAGUUUCUAUCCGAAUGGCUCCUUGGUGGAAGAUUACAUGGAGGAAUCCUAAGAUGCACCACAGCCGCCUCCCCUUGCUGGCUUGCAGAGCCCCUGCUCAGGUUAUCCUCAGGCACUGGGCAGCAGGAGAAAGUCAGAAGCAAGGACUAGCCCCGUGGUGGCUUUGGGUGGAGGCUGGCUGUCAUUCAGCCAUGACAGUUAAGGAAACAUGGAGAUGAAAGGGCAGAUUGGAAUCUGCAGUGGAGGCUGUGACUUGGCAUGGCUGCCUUUUUAGAUUUUUAGG